CACCUUGUCAUCCUUCCUUCUCCCCUUCCCUUCUCGUCAUUCGUUUCUUUUUCCUCCCCCUUCCACAGUUACGUCACCCUUCCUUCUCCCCGUUCCUUCUCGUUAUUCGUUCCCUUUUCCUCCCCCUUUCAUAGUUACGUCAACCUUCCUUCUCCCCUUUCCUUUUCGUUAUUCGUUCCCCUUUCCUACCCCUUUCCAUCAUGACGUCACUUCCUUAUCCCCUUCAUCCCAAUGCAACCCUUCCCAUUCUCUCCUUCCUUCACUUAGCGUAACACCUUUUCUUUCCCUUCCACCUUAGCGUCACGAGCCCUUCUCGCCAUAAACGUCACUGUAUCCCUGUCUACACCACCCCACAUCGCUCUUCGCCUCCCUCUCUCUUCACCUUCUCCUUCCCCUCCCUCACUCACUCCCCCACCUCACUCUUGUCACUCACAGUAACCCUGCCUUACCUUCUACAGACUACACGUAUCCCUGUGCUCUCCUCUUCACACCUGUUUUCUCCUCAUCCACACAUCUGUCGGUCCACCUGUUCGGAGGAGGUGAAGAAAGGAGUGACGAACUCGACACGCCAUCUUCAAGACAUAGGGUGAGUCUCACAAGAGUCCCUGCUUGUACGCCUUCCCCUGCUGGAGAUUAGAGACAUAAGUGUGACUGGGACUGAGACGGUGGUGGUGAGAGUAGUGGCGGCUUGGUGACAUCUGGUCCAGGCAACACCACAAUGAUCAUGGGACCGAGACCUACGCUGGGUUGGCUCGGCUACCUGCUGCUUAAUGGGUCCUGGUAUCGCCUCACUGUGCUUCUGGGUCUCCUCGGGAUCCUCAGUAUGGGCCUCGUGCACCGCAGCCGCCACUCCGUCACCCUCCAGCACUUGGUUCCGCCACCAUUCCCACCGCCUAUUAUGUUCCUCCCUGCUCCCUCCCACGGCUACAUGAGCGCCCUGGAUGCCUGCUCGGUUGAGGCUGCCGGGGAGUGGGAGGAGCACAUGGGGGCAAGGAAGGACUGGCCGGCUCUGAAUGUCGUCUCGGGCAAGCGGCGGCAGGUGCACGUGUACUUGUGGUCUUCCUCUCUGAGUCCCCAUGACGUGUGGGGGCAGUGGGUGGAGCAGCUGCCCAGAGUAACUGUGAGCCUUCUUGAUGUGCCCCGGACGGUGACCAGGACGCCCAUUAAAGGCCUGGCCAAGCUUAUCGGGUGGACCACUUACCCGGAGUGGAUGGUGUGGAUGGCGGCGCGGGUGGCUCUCCUGUGGGGGGCGGGCGGGAUGCUGCUGCCUCUGGGAGUGGUGGCAACCCGCCCCCUGUGGCUGGAGGCAUCGGACCACCAGGCACUGCUGACGGUGGUUGGGCGGCACGGCCUCGUGGACCCCGUGGUGAUGUGCGCGGCGCCCUCACAUCCCGUGCUGGCCGCCGCGGCGCGCAUGCUGGACGGCAGCGAAGAGACCGUGCGACUCAACAAUGCCGAGGAGCUUCUAACGGUGGCGGUGAAGACUGGGUGUGGCGUGGAGGGCCUCAAAGCGCUCCCCUCAGGCAACUGCUCCACCGUGCGCCUCCUGCCGGCCACCGCGGUGCUCGACAUGGCUCCCUCCGACACGACUCCCUCACAGGAUGUCCGGGAGGCAGGGGCGGCCGCUCUCCUCCGGGCCACAGGGGACCCCAGCCACCUGCACCACCUGCCCACCGUCCACCACCUGUUCCUCUCCUACAGGCUCGCCAGGUACUGCCCCAAAACGGCUCAACUCCUCGAAGCCAUGUACCGUCAGUCUCUCUGAAUGCGCGGCCCCUCAGUGAUGUGCUAUUAAUGUGUAAAUUUCCUGGCAUUACCUCUUGAGGCGACUGCACCUUAGUUAUGAAGGUGUGCGUGAAAGUAGGUUGAUUACAGGUAGUACAGGUAUUGGGUUCUGUAAUUGUUGAGUGAGGUUACCUGUCAGGAAUGUAAAACUGGUCUUUGAUGUAGGAAUUCAAGACUAAAGAUGAGAGAAUUUAGGUAAAAAAAAAAAAAAAAAAUCGAUAGCGUGUAAUUUAUACGGAAAAGAAUUAAGCGAUAGCAUGUGACUUAGAUAAAAAGAAAUUAGAUAUUAAACAAAAAAAAAGUAUCAAGAGUGUGUAGUUUAGACAGGAAAAAGAUAGUGAAGAAACGGUAAUUGCAUCGGCAGUUGAAUUAGCAAUAUUAUUCUUACUUAUUUGUUUUAAAGUGUGUGUGUCUGUGUGUGUGUGUGUGUGUGUGUGUGUGUGUGUGUGUGUGUGUGUGUGUGUGUGUGUGUGUGUGUAAACCUGUUUCUGGCGUGUUUAUUUACUGUUUUCCCGCCAUGACGUAUCUUGAUCUUGUCGUAAUUAGAUGUUCCUUAUCAAUGGGUUAAUCUGCAGCUGGUUAACACAGUGUAUUAAUUUAUUUUUGGUGAAUGCAAUUUUUCUUCGCUCGAGAAUAUUGUGUACGAGUAUUCUCAUGUGAGGCUCAACAUUUAUCUCGCCCGCAUCUGGAAAUGAGUUUGACAAAAUGUUACCACGAUUUUGACCAAGCGAUAAAAGGGCACUGAACAAUGACAUGAGAAAUGAAUAAACAAUAAUAGGUUCAGACCAAAUGAUAAAAGAAUACUGAAGAGUGACAUGGAAAUAUUUAUUGAAAAUAAAAGAGGGAAUUUG